AAUUUCUUUCUUCCAGUGGGAUCUUCGAACGUUCCAUUUGCUGCACACGGUACCAGCAUUGGAUCAGUGCCGUGUAGUCUUCAACUACACUGGCACAGUUAUGUAUGGAGCUAUGUUGCAGGCGGAUGAUGAAGAUGACCUACUGGAGGAGAGGAUGAGAAGCCCCUUUGGGUCAUCCUUCAGGACAUUCAAUGCAACGGACUAUAAACCUAUAGCCACCAUUGAUGUAAAACGGAAUAUCUUUGAUUUGUGCACGGACAGCAAGGAUUGCUAUUUGGCUGUUAUUGAGAAUCAAGGGAGCAUGGAUGCCAUGAACAUGGAUACAGUUUGCAGGCUCUAUGAGGUAGGCAGGCAGCGUUUGGCAGAAGAUGAAGAGGAUGAAGAGGAAGAUCAGAAGCCUAUGGAGGAGGAAGAACAAGAGGAAGAGGAUGAUGAUGAAGAUGAUGAUGAUACAGAUGACCUUGAUGAACUAGACACUGACCAGCUGCUGGAGGCCGAGCUGGAGGAGGAUGAGAACAAUGAGAAUGCUGGUGAGGAUGGAGACAAUGAUUUCGCUCCCUCUGAUGAUGAGGAGCUUGGCAACUUGCUGGAAGAGGGGGAUGAAGGUGAAGAUGAGGAUUCUGAUGCAGAUGAGGAAGUUGAGCUGAUCCUUGGCGAUACUGACAGCUCAGAUAACUCUGACUUGGAAGACGACAUAAUCUUGUCUCUGAAUGAGUGAGGAGUGACCACCACGCAGGGUGUUGGCGUCAGGAGAAGUUCCCUUCCCAGAAGACAAGAGACCAACUCAGAAGCAAUUUCUGAGCACCCCUUGGGACAUCCAAGGAACUCCAGCCCAUCAGUUGUGUUGGUUUGGGUCAGAUCAAGGCGCUUGAAUAAACAGACCGGGGUUAGGCCUCUUUCUCUCUGCCUUUUUUUUUUUUUUUUUUAAAUGUUUAAUUUUAGGCUGAGAUGAGACUCUCCUCUCCACGGAAACGUCUGAAGCUAUUUCAGAAUAUAUUUUCUUUGUACAAAGUUCUUUCCUAAAGAACAAAAAUAGUUUUAUAUAAAACCAAAAAAAGGAAAAAAAAAAAAGAAAAGAAAAAAAAAAGGCAGGUGUUAUAGUAAAAAGGAUCUGAACUUUGUAUCAAUCUAGUAUCUUUUACCAUGGGUCAGGUUUGGGGGGAGAAAAAUUGUUUAAAAUUAACAAAAGGGGCAUUUUUACUGAGAGUACUAAAUGAAAUAAGAGGAUCAUGGUUUCUAAAAUGGCCAAGAAUUGAGAAUUUUUUUUUUAAACAGGUGUUGCCAUCUGCUGCUAGCUUGUGUAUGUGUCACCUGCCUUUAGGGAAAAGCCCAAGGGGGUAACUGAACCUCCAGCCUGUUUUAAGCAGAGGUUCUUGCUGUGACAGCAGCCAGAGGGGGAGGCUGACACCCGGUAUUCAUGGAGACAAGGGGCGCUGGGAUUGCAGUUUGGGCCCUUUUUUCCCCUUGUGAUUCAAGUUUUUUUUAAUCUUUUUUUCUCCCUUUCACACCCUCUGUGGAAACUGCAAAUUGAAGGCCUUUCUUUAAUGUAAAGUGUAUUUAUUAAAAAAAAAUAAAAUACAAGUCCUGUCUCUACGUAUGGGUGUGAGCUGUACCUGUUUUCCCCCUCAGACCUGCCCAAAUAGUAUUUGGCAGCACAGUAUCUCCCAAAACACCCCAACAAGCAGCCUUCUGUGGGAGAAAUGGCUGAGUUGCAACACAAAGAACAAAGUAAAUCGGGUGGGAGGAAGGAGCAGUGCUGCAGUUACAAAGAACUGUUCAGUUCUGUGACAGAACUUGUCCUUCACUCACUUCUGGCUGCCCACUGGAGCUCUAUGCCUUGGACAUCCCUGACAGCUCUUCCAGACUCCUCUUUCUACAAGGUUAGAUCCAAACAAAUAUUUACUGAAUAACAGCAUACGUGGUCUGCCUUGAAACAAAACUCUUACUGCCUCACUACUGUGAUUUAACAUAUACCUGAACAUUUAUGUAGUGCCCAUAACAGUGUAAUAAAUGGUUUUGUAGUGGGGUUAA